GGGCUGGUGGAGACCCUGCAGCUGGACGCUGCCAACCUCUCCUCCAACAUCCAGCAGCAGAUGGAGGACCUGGGCCUGGCCACGGUGACGUACCCCACGGAGGACCGGGGUCCCCUCCCCACCUUCUCCUCCCGCUUCCACCAGCAAGUCGGUGGCUUCUUCAUCCUGGCCAACUUCCAGCGGUUCCUAGAGACGGCGUACCGGGCGCUGCGGCACCUCGCCCGCCUCUGA